AAGUAAGGUCCAGAUUCUUCCUUGUUCCUCUUCUUUCUGCUUCUCUCAUUCCCAUUAAGCAAAUACAAGAAUCGAACUAGGAGGGCUACGAUUAUUUCGAUUUUGAAUCUCCAAAUCCAGGAUUCGAGUGUUAACUCUUCGAAAAGAUCAAAUCUUUGGAGAUGGGUCUUUGGGAUUCACUUCUUAAUUGGCUCAGGAGCUUGUUCUUCAAACAAGAGAUGGAGCUGUCACUCGUUGGACUUCAAAAUGCUGGGAAGACUUCUCUUGUCAAUGCCAUUGCUACUGGAGGUUACAGUGAAGAUAUGAUACCAACUGUAGGAUUUAACAUGAGGAAAGUUACAAAAGGAAACGUUACAAUAAAGAUUUGGGAUCUUGGAGGGCAACGAAGGUUUCGUACCAUGUGGGAGCGUUAUUGUCGUGGAGUUUCUGCCAUUGUAUAUGUGAUUGAUGCUGCAGAUCGAGAUAGUGUACCGAUAUCAAGAAGCGAAUUGAAUGAUCUGUUAACAAAACCGUCUUUAAAUGGAAUUCCUCUUCUGAUUCUCGGCAACAAAAUCGAUAAGUCCGAAGCUCUCUCUAAGCAAGCUUUGGUUGAUCAACUAGGGCUUGAAUCCGUAGCAGACAGAGAGGUUUGCUGUUACAUGAUCUCGUGUAAGGACUCGAUAAACAUUGAUGCGGUCAUCGAUUGGCUCAUUAAGCACUCGAGAACCGCUACAUAGACAAACACAACAAGCUCAUCGGUCCAGAGGAAAACAAAGCUUGUUUUGGUUUCUUGAUGUUGUUUUAUUUGUUGAGAAUCAAUCAGAUGUAAAUCAUCAGCUUUUGGUUUCUUCUUGGUUUAAAUCUUGUUUUACAAUUCUUCAAUGUUCAAAUACUUUUGGUUUAAGAAGUACAGAGUCCAAUUUAAUUCGGUUCAUAAAAGUUAGAACCCGGU